AAACCCUUCUAUUUGUACCAUCGCGAUACAAAAUCUUUGUUUCGUGUAUCAGUUUCGGGAUUCAGAUGCGCAUCUUCGUCCCAUGUCAAGGUCAUCCAACUACCUAGAAACUCAAGAUGCAAGCCCACAACAGCGCGACGGAUGAACGUCUCAAGAACGCGACCUGGUAUUUCUUCGAUCUCGACGACACUCUCCACGAAUUUCGCAAGGCAUCUUCCGCCGCAGUAGACGCGGCACUCCGCCUCAUCCUAGAAAAUCACGCUCACCAUGAACGUUCUUCCGGUGAGCCGCCCACAGUCGCCGAGCUAAAAGAGCAAUACGUCAAAAUCCUCAAGACAAAUACUUCUGCGGCAUUCGUAGAUGGCAAGAUAAGCCACAAGUACCGCGCCGAGCGCUUUCAGGCUGUUAUGAACACUUUUGGUAUCGACUGUACGGAGCAGCAGAUGCAGGUAUUACUCGACACGUAUGAAACUGCGAUUACACAGAAUCUGCAACUCAAAGAAGGCGCUCUUUCACUUCUAAAAGUACUCAAACAACAAGGGAAGAGCAUAGCGAUCAUCACCGAAGGCCCUCAAGAUUCGCAGGAACGUACCGUUGCUGCCUUGGGCUUGGAGCCACAUUUUGACAGGCUGAUUACUACGAAUAAGCUUGGUCUGGCAAAGAUUGACGGUCUUUUUGGCAAGGCGUUGGAGAUGAUUGGUGUGAAGAGCGAGGAGGUGGUUAUGGUGGGUGAUAGUUGGGAUAGGGAUGUUGUUCCUGCGGUGGAAGUGGGGAUGGAGUGUGUGUGGUUUGCUGAGACAGAGGAGGGAGGUGAGAGGAUUGUAGCUGUUGGAGGAGAAGAGAGGAGAGUCAUGGUAGUGGAUUCGUUGACUCGGCUACAGAGCAUUAUAGAGACAGCGGACUGAUCGGAUUCAUCGUCGAAAAGUCUACAGCGCAUGCUACAUAGA